CUCAAGUGAUCCUCCCGCCUCCGCCAUCCAAAGUGCUAGAUUACAGGCGUGAGCCACCGCCCAGUUCCUUUUCUUGUGCACUAGGAACCUCUGAUGCUGUGUCCUAAGGGCUAGAAACAAAGAUAUGAGGAUUCGCUCUGAUUUGGGGCGCACUACAGGGGAGGCUCUCAGUAAACCUCCUUCCUUCAUUCGGUAACCACGUGGUAGCAUUUUCUAUGCCCAGAACUGUAGACUGCGAAGAUGAAUAAACAAGCGAGGUCACUCUUUAGCUGGAUCUUGAAAGGUGACUGGAAUUGAUUUCUUCAGUGGAGAAAAGCGCUGCGUUCUGACCUCCUUGUUGCCAUCAACCAUGCACACCUGCGCUCCCUUGGCCGGGUGAAGGGGGCGUGGAAAGCUCUAGAGGAAGAGCCAGGGGCCCCAGUGGCCCACCUGAUGGGGCUGAGGCUGCAGGGACCAUUAGAGGGACUGAGCAGGGGUCUGGGGCUUGGGGCUUCUGGAAAUGAAUGGGGGUUGUCGAUCAAGCUAUAAGAGGUGUGGGGUUCUGAGGAGGAGAGGGUGGCUUGAAGGAAGAGUUGGGGUGCUCUGGGGAGUGAGGGUCUCUGAGGACCGAGGGCUUUGAGGAGGAGCAGGGGGCUCUGAGGAGGAGCAGGAACUCUGAGGAGAUGAGUGGGGCUGAAGGAGGCGUGCACCGCGGGAGUUGUGAGGGAUGGGGGCCUCUGGCUGGAGCGGAGCCAGCGCUGCCCUGUCUCAGGCUGGAGGAGGGCGCUUGUGAGAAGUGCCGUUGCCUCGGCAACCGCUAACCGAGUCCAAGCCCGGGGUGAGGGAAGUUCGGGGCGUCUCCCGGGGCGGUGCGUGGCGCCGGUUGGCUGACGGCGAUGAAGGGGCGUGUCUGUAGGCAGUGCAAUACACGGGUUGGCUGGCGGCAUCGGCGGUGGGCGUGGCUUAGGCGCGAGCGCUGGCUGGCGUGGAGCGCAGGCAGCGGCGGUUGGCUGCGGCUCGCGUGCUAGUGCUCCAGGCUCGACGGCUCCUUCACAGCGCCCGCCUGGCCCUGCUGCUCAUGGCCGCCACGCAGCGCCCCGCGCCAUCGCCCCCCGCCCCGCGCCGCCCGCGGCGGCCCGACACGAGCGACGUCCUGCAGCAGAUCAUGGCCAUCACCGACCAAAGCCUGGACGAGGCGCAGGCCAGAAAGCAUGCUCUGAAUUGCCAUCGGAUGAAGCCUGCUCUGUUCAGCGUGCUCUGUGAGAUCAAGGAAAAGACAGUGGUAAGCAUCCGUGGCAUUCGGGACGAAGAUCCCCCUGACGCCCAGCUCCUGAGGCUGGAUAACAUGCUGCUGGCCGAGGGCGUGUGCAGGCCCGAGAAGAGAGGAAGAGGAGGAGCGGUGGCCGGGGCCAGCACAGCAACACCAGGUGGCUGUCCAAAUGACAAUAGCAUUGAGCACUCUGACUACAGGGCCAAGCUGUCCCAGAUCCGACAGAUUUACCACUCUGAGCUAGAGAAAUAUGAACAGGCAUGCCGUGAGUUCACCACGCACGUCACCAACCUCCUCCAGGAGCAGAGCAGGAUGAGGCCCGUCUCCCCUACGGAGAUUGAGCGCAUGGUCGGCGCCAUUCACGGCAAGUUCAGCGCCAUCCAGAUGCAAUUGAAGCAGAGCACCUGUGAGGCGGUGAUGACCCUGCGCUCGCGGCUGCUUGAUGCCAGGCGCAAGCGGCGGAAUUUCAGCAAGCAGGCGACGGAAGUGCUGAAUGAGUAUUUUUACUCCCAUUUGAACAACCCUUACCCCAGCGAAGAAGCCAAAGAAGAGCUGGCCAGGAAGGGCGGCAUCACUGUCUCCCAGGUCUCUAACUGGUUUGGCAACAAAAGAAUCCGGUAUAAAAAGAACAUGGGGAAGUUUCAAGAAGAAGCUACCAUUUACAUGGGUAAAACAGCUGUGGAUACUACCGAAGUUGGGGUCCCAGGGAACCAUGCCAGCUGCCUGUCAACACCCAGCUCCGGCUCCUCUGGACCCUUCCUGCUGCCCAGUGCUGGGGAGGCCUUCCUCACCCUGCAGACGCUGACCUCUCUCCAGCCUCCUCCUGGAGGAGGCUGCCUGCAGUCCCAGGUGAGUCUCAGGCACCGUCCCACAGCACCCAGGUGGGUGGCAGGUCCUCAGAAAGGCCAUCUUGUCAGUCAGCCCUCAGUCUUGGGGCAGCUCCCCCAAAGGUCCCAGCAGUCACACAGGCCGUGCUGUGUGGCCACCACCGGGGCACAGCUCUGCAGGGCCCCACUCUGUAAUGACUGCGCCCUCCCCCACCUCCAACUGUCACCACUGCAGCCGCUGGGAACAGUCAAUGGGAAUGAGCCCCAAGAUGAGGGCUGUGGCUGUGGAGGGGAAGGGCGCCUCCUAAAGGAGUGUGGAAAGACAUGGUGUCCUUCCCUCGAGAGGGAGGGGCAGUCAGCAAGUAGAGGAGAGACAGGACCUUCCCUUGGGCUCAGACCUGGUGCCCUCAGUGCCGCAGCUUGGCCGGGAAGGCAGGUCUUGUGCCAGCACCUCCUCUCCUGCUGCUCUGAUGGGGAACUGAGGGCGCCCUGCUCGACCACAGUGAGGAUUUGUUUUGGCGACCGUGAAGAAAAGGAGCCAGGGGUCUGAGGCAGCUGACACACCCACCCCACCCAGGCCCCAUGGCCUCCCACUCCCCCUUGGUGGCCACAGGGGCCUGACCCCAGUGGCAGGGGAGGCCAUAAGUGGGGACCGUCUCAAAGACACUGCAGAGGCCCAGGUGUGACAUGCCCAGCACAGGCACGACAUGCCCAGCACAGGCGCAAGGCUGUGCAGCGUGUGCCAGGGCCCUGCAGAGCCAGGUGCCCCUCCCAACUCACCACUCUCUCCCAGGAGCUCAGAGAAUGGAUGCCCCUUGUGCCAUCUGUGGGGUCCCGCCUGGUCCUGGGAAGCUCACGUCCCACACUGCCCUGCUGUGGCAGCUGCCCCCCAUCACCAUGCAGCCCCCAGCCAGGGACACACGCGAGGGGCCUCACCUUGCCCUUUGCACCCCUGGGACCUGACUACACGCCAGCAGCUGUGCGUCCAGCCCAGUGCAGAGUGCCCCCCGGGUGGUGCUCCCACACUCACGGGCAGAGCAGUCCCAGCCACUUCCUUAGCCUGUACGGUGCCCACCAUAGUGGGGGUGGGUCCUGUGGACAAACGUCUUAGCACCCUUGGACCUGACGCCAUCUCUGCACUGCAGACAGAGCCCCCACCCCUCAUGACAAGUGAAUGCCUCCCGUCCUCCUUGCUGCCCAGUCAGACCAGUGUUGGGCCAGGUUUCAGAGCCCCUUUUUCCCCCCGAGUCUCACCAUGACACUCCAGGCGUUGCCGUGGGCUCCAGGCCUGACCUUGUCUCCCUGCCCCUCGCCGGGCAGAAGCCCUUGCUAUACCCGAUGCCAGUCAGUCCUUUGCCCAAGCCCCAGGGAAGCCACUAGAGGCCAGUUUUCCUGCCAGGGAAGCUCGUCCAUGUCCCGUAUCAGGUGGCAAGGCCAGCUGUGACCCAGGGCUGACCCCUCCAUCCCUUCCCUCCUCCACUGGGUUGGAGGUCAUCUGUGGAUCUUUUCCAAGCUUCCCCAGGGACCCCUGGAGGCUCCACCUGCGGCACGACAGCUGGGUAGUCACCAGCCUCACGGCCACCCCUCUGAUGCUCGAUCUCUGUCGUUUCAGACCCAGGGUAGCUGGCGGGGGGCCACCCCCCGACCUGCAACUGCGUCACCUGCUGGAGACCCUGGCAGCAUCAACUCUAGUGUGUCUAAUUAAGUUUUGGGGAUAAGCAGG